GAGGUAUACCGGGAGGAGCAACUUAUUUACAGACUAAUGAGACAAUCUCAGCAGGAGCGUAGAAUUGCUGUUCAACUCAUGCAUGUUCGACAUGAAAAAGAGGUGUUAAGGCAAAACAGAAUUUUCAGGGAAAAACAAUAUGAAGAAAGACGACUGAAAGAGUUCCAGGAAGCUCUUGAUAGAGAAGCGGCUCUUGCAAAACAAGAAAAAAUUCAUUAUGAAGAACAAAUUAUCAAAGAAAGAGAACGUCAUGAGAAAAUUGCUGUUGAAAGAGCUCAGACACGCUAUAAAAAGCAUUAUUCUAUUUGUUGGGAAGUGAUCAACCAAAUAAUUGAUUUGUCAACGAAAGUAGGAGAAUAUCGUCUACUGACAAACAAACGAAUUCCGUUAAAACUGAUGCUUGAUUGGAAGGAAUAUUUUUUUAAUGGAAAACCAAUAUAUGAACAAGCCGCAGUUCAACCUUUGCCAAAGGAACCAAGCCCAGAACAACUUGUGGAGCUGAAUAAAAUUAAUCUAUUAGAUGAGAAAGAUUAUGGUGAAUACAAGAGCAUGACAGGGGAAUGGUGCCCAACAGAAGAGAACAGUGAAAACAAACCUCCUCUUAAUAAUAACAUCCUGGGUCAUGUUCUUCGUAGACUGAUGGAGAUUUUCUAUCCUCCAAAAACUGAAUCUUCACCACCUGUGUAUCCUCCAUUUCCUAUCAAGGGAUGUAUUUUGGGAAAACUUUUUAGUGGAAAAACUACCUGUGUAAAGUUUAUUGAAAAAGUUUGCAAUAUUCAGGUACUAUCCAUAGAUACUCUGGUUCAGGAGGCCAUCCAAGCUUUUCUUAAAAAUGAAAUGAAAAGUGGAUACAAUGUGAUUCCGCCAGAAGCAGAGAGUUCUGGGGAACAAAAUGAGCUCUCUGUACGUGCCCAGCUCGGCGCCGCAUCACAGAAAUUGUUGAAGAAAGGAAAAAGUAUUCCUGAUGAAUUACUUAUUGACAUCCUAUUGGAAGCCAUUAAGUAUGAAACU